AUGAAGCCCACUACCCUCCUUCCUCUCCUCCUCCAAAUCGCAGCCUUCACAUCUGCCCUCCCAACUGCUGACCUCCCCCUCUCCGACCCCGUCGAAGCAACCCGCAUCGCAGACUACUGGAAACCCCCCAUAAAAUCCGACAUCCAAUUCAUUCUCACAGGUAUCCCCGACAUCGACGAUGGCUACAUCAAUCCCAAAACGGGUAUCUACGAGCUCGAUAUGUUUUGGACGCCCGCCGAGACGAUGAAAGGGCUCAAGGAGCUGGGUCAACGCACGGUAUGCUACUUCUCGGCAGCCACGGCGGAGACGUGGCGCGACGAUUACAAGGAUUUCCAGAAGCAGGAUUUAGGACUCGAGUUGCCGGAUUGGCCCGGGGAACGGUAUUUGGAUAUUAGGAGAGACAACGUGUUGAAGGUUAUGAAGAAGAGAAUUGAUAUCGCGAAGGAGAAGGGAUGUGAUUCUAUAGAGCCAGACAAUGUCGACGUAUACUCGAACGAAAACGGCUUCAAACCCGUCAUCACCCCCGACGACACCAUAGCGUACCUGCACAAGCUCUCCGAAUACGCGCGCAGCAAAGGCAUGUCGGUCGGCAUCAAGAACUGCAUCGAGAUCCUCGGCGACAUCUUCGACGACGUCGACUUCGCAAUCUCGGAGGAAUGCGUCCAGUACCUCAACUGCACCGUCUACUCCAACUUUACGACCGCGCCGCGCCCGGGCACCGAGGGCAAAGCCGUCUUCGAAGUCGAGUACUUGAACUACACGUACAGUGGUGGCUGGUCCGAUCAAGGCAUCGCGCUCGACCCGUCCAAAUUCAGGACGAAUAAUGUGAAUUUCCCCGGAUUGACGAAUGAGAAGUUGAGGAGGAAGUUGUGUAAUCUGGAUGAGCCGGGGGCGAGUUUGGAGACGCCGUAUUUGAAGAUUAAUACGAUUAUUAAGACGUUGGAUUUGGAUGGGUUUGUGAUGUUUUGCGAUGGGACGGCGGCGAAGACGCAGACGAAGGAUGUGGAGACGGGGAAUCGGCCAGGGCUCAAUAGGAGGAGUUGGGUGCGGGAGAAAUCGUGGAGACGGAUGGGAGGGAUGCCUUUCGAUCCCUAG